AUGCUCCAGGCUGGGCGGUUGAGCGGCGCCCAGGCCCCAGAGCAGGAGACCGAGGGUCCCCACGACCGCACCUGCCUCUUCUCUGGACGGCAGGACCCCGACCUGAGAUGCUCCGCCUGUCCGGCUGCCUGUUGCAGCGAAUGCCUCGACCUGCCCCCCGCUGCGCCUGGCGAUCUGUGGCUGUGCCCCCUGUGUGUCCGGCUGCAAGGGGAGCACGCCUCCGGCCGGGGCGCCAAGGUGCACCUGCUCCCCCUCGCAUCGGCCAGCAGCCUGAUCCCAGCGGGCUAUCUCGGUGCCAAGCCCUUGGCCAUCACCGAUGCGGUCCAUGGCGAAGAGGACCUGCGAGGUAGCUACGCGACGGCAAUACCACAGCCAGACGCUUGCCAGGAUGAAGGCGACGCGGACAGGGUGGUGAAGGAGGCCGACACUCGGCCCGGCACCUGCUGCUUUGACGCGCUGAGGGCGGCGGCGGGGACCCCAGCCCCCCGCCUGGAUGCGGCUGCGGCGGAAGGGGAGGGUGCGCCGCAGCGCGCACCCAAGAGGGCCCGGCGUCCGGGGCGUGUGAAGGGCGAUGCGGGUGCGCCGACUCCCAGGGGUGGUGCCGCCUCGGCCAGCGACCUGCGCCGCACAGCUGCCGCCCCUGUCCCAGAAGAAGGAGCCCCCGACCCCAGCACCGCGCUGCGGCGGCUGUGCCUGGCGGGCGCAGUGCCCGUCGGCGUGCUGGCCGACGGCCGGCCCCUCACCCUGACGCUGUUGUCUUGCGCCGCGGUGGCGGCCGUCGGCACGGGGCGGGCCGAUGCUGGCGCGGCCGAUGGCGAUGCGGGCCGCCGACCCCCAUCAGCCCCCGCCACCGUCCCAAGACACGACGCCGAGGCGUCGCGCGCCCUGCUCUCCGCCGCGCGGCUGGUGCUGCGCGGCGCCGCCGGCCCCCUGCUCGACUCGCGGUCGGGGUGCGACCUGCUGGACGCGCUGCUGGCGGGCGAGGCGGUGCCCGGCGCGCGCCCCGGCCACGCCGGCGACCUCUCCGCCUAUCACGUGGCGGCCCUGCGCGCCGGCACCACGGUCGUGGCGGCCGCAGCGCUGCGUGCGCUGGGGCCCCUCGCGCUGGAGGUGCCCCUGCUGGCCGUGCGCCGCGAGCUGCGGCGGCAGGGCCUGGCGGCGCUCAUGAUCGCGGCCCUGCGCGUGGCAGCGGGCAGCGCCGGCGCGCGCCGCGUGGUGGUGCCCGCCCUCGGCCCGGCGGGCGACGUGCUGGUGGCGGGGGCCACGGAAGGGGGCGUGAAGGUGGAAAGCGCGGCGGGCGGGGCCGAUGCCCAGGAUCCCAGGCUGCACCCGGCCCUGGCGGCGCGCGGCUUCGAUUUCGCCGAGGCACCCCUGCUGGCGGCUCUGGGGGCACACAACAUGCUGCGCGUGCCCGGCCUGCGCUGGGCCUGCUGUGCCGUCCCUGGUCCACCUGUCCCUGGCCGGGUCGAGGAAGGGCCGCGGGACCAGGCCCACGCCGUGGCCCGCCUGGCCUGGCGCGUGGAGGUGGAUCCCGCGACAACGUACUUUCACGAGCGCGGGGAAGCGGGUGUGGUGCAGGAGUGA